ACUGUCAAUGUACAAUACUAGAUGAUUGUUGCAUAGAUGUCACAUUAAGACGGUAUUCGUGAACCUUAUUAGUUUUACCCUGGACUUCCUUAAACACAAUGGCUAAGGAAUAUGAUCAUCUGUUUAAACUGUUAAUCAUCGGAGACAGUGGUGUUGGCAAAAGCUCAUUGCUUGUUCGUUUUGCCGACAACACAUUUUCUGGUAGUUAUAUAACAACCAUAGGCGUCGACUUCAAAAUCAGAACAGUCAUAGUUGACGGAGAAAAAGUGAAAUUACAGAUAUGGGACACUGCAGGUCAAGAAAGAUUUAGAACAAUUACGUCUACGUAUUAUAGAGGUACACAUGGUGUUAUAGUUGUGUACGAUGUUAGCAAUGGGGAUUCAUUUGCAAAUGUCAAACGCUGGUUACAUGAGAUUGACCAAAAUUGUGAAGUUGUCAAUAGGAUAUUAGUUGGAAACAAAAACGAUGCUCCAGAUCGAAAGGUAGUAUUAACAGAAGAUGCUCAAAGAUUUGCUGACCAAAUGGGCAUCCAAUUAUAUGAAACUAGCGCCAAAGACAACAUAAAUGUUGAACAGAUGUUCAUGUCGAUUACUAAACAAGUAUUACGGAACAAAAAGGAAACCAAGGAACGACAGGCGCAUCAGAACAAUGAUGUAGUGACUUUAAGAAAAGGUCACUCAAAAGGAGCAAAAAGAAAAUGUUGUUAAUUCCAAUUGUUGCUGUAAGUGUUUUCAAUUUUAAGCUAUAAUUAUUAUUUUUUUCUUUUCAAUUUUUGUUACCACAUACACAUUAUUUUAUUAUGUGAAUACACAAGCUCAAAGUUUUUAUUUCACAUUUUAUAAACAUUAAUAACAAAAUAAAACCAUAUUUUAGUUUCUAA